AUGGUUCCGGCGGCUCUGAUCCCGGUCCGGACAAUUCUAAAGAGAAUCACCGCCGAAGACGGCGAGACGCAGGAAGCAUCGACUAGCAUGGAGAGCGCCCUCCAGGAAGUAUGGGCGUCGGUACUCAACCUUUCUUGCAAGUCCGUCUCCGUGGACAAGGCCUUCACGUCGCUCGGUGGCGACUCUAUUACCGCCAUACAGGUCGUCACCAAGUGUCGUCAACGGAACAUUGCCGUGUUGGACAUCGCGCAGGCCCGGCAGGCGAAGUUGGACAUCUCCAGUGGCCUCGUCUUUGCUGGUGACCUUUUCAACAUCGCCGAUAUUGGCAGUCAGAUGCUGACACUGACUGCUCACCACUUGGUCGUCGAUCUAGUAUCGUGGCGAAUUAUCUGGAACGACCUGGAGGAGCACAUCAAGUCUGGACGCCUGUCUUCCAACGUUGCUCCGUCCUUCAAGGCCUGGUGCCAGCUCCAGCGCGACAUGGCCCGCGAUCUCACCCCGGACUCGGUGCUUCUGUUCCAGGUUCCAGAGGCAGACCUGGGGUUCUGGGACUUGUCGUCGCUGACCAACAACACCCGCGAGAGUUCCCGGGAUUGCAUCACGGUUCUCGACCGCGAUGUUUCCGAGCUACUCUUAGGCAAGAGCAACAACAGCUUCCGAACUGACCCCAUUGACAUCAUUCUUGGGUCCUGCGCAUACUCCUUCCGCAAAGCAUUCCCCGAGCGCAGUAUGCCAGCCAUCUUUCUGGAAGGCCAUGGACGCGAGCAGUCGGAGCCCCUACCGCUUGAUGUAUCGGGAACGGUCGGAUGGUUCACCACGAUGCAUCCUCUUCCCAUCGACGUCACUUCCAAGUGUACAGUCACCGAUGCCGUGCGCCUUGCCAAGGAUACUAGACGCAAGGUUCCGGGCAAAGGGCAGCCUUACUUUGCGUCUCGAUACCAUAGCAAACCUUGCCAGGAGGCGUUCCAGGGCCAUGACGCCGUCGAGCUGUUGGUAAAUUUCGCCGGCAGAUACCAACAACUGGAGAGUGGCAAUGGGCUUUUCAAGCUCGCGAGACCCUUUGAGCAAGAUGAAACUUUGGCAGUAGUCUCGGAGUCCUCGAAGCGACUGGCCCUGAUAGAGGCGAAUAUGACGGUGCAGGACGGGAAGCUCGUCAUCGCCUUUACCUUCUACAAAGACAUGAAGCACCAGGCCAGGCUGAUGCAGUGGUUCCAGAGCUUUACUGAGACAUUGGAACUUACCGUGCGUACCCUCAUGCAGGUGCCUGCCAGUUUAACAUCGAGCGAUCUGCCGCUUCUUCCGCUCUCUUACCGUUGCUUGGAUAGGCUCUUGAAGCAGCAGCUUCCCCAUCUUGGGAUCGAGGCGGAGAAUGUCGUCGACAUGUAUCCCACUUCGCCGAUGCAAGAGGGUAUUUUGUUGAGUUCCAGUAUCGGAGUCAGCUCAUACGCAACCUACUGGAUCUGGACCUGCAUCUCGAAUAGUCCAACCGACAAUAUUUCCCCUCGCAAGCUGGAAGCCGCGUGGCGCGAGGUCGUACGUCGGCAUGGCAUCUUGUCGACUGUCUUUGGUCCUCAUCCCGAAGGCAGCGGUUUCGUUCAGAUUGUCCUUGAUGCGCCGCCCAUUCGCGUCUCACACAUAACCACAUCGUCUGGCAGCCCAAGCGAGGCAUUAGUCGGCCUUGACCGGCCGACGUUUGCGGUAUCUGAGCCCGAGCAUUCCUUCACGAUAUGCCAGUCAGGCGGCGAGUUUGCCUGCAGACUCGACAUCAACCACUGUCUGCUUGACGGCGCCUCCCUGACUGGUCUGGUGCAGGAAAUCACCGCAGCCUAUGAUGACAUUGCUUUGCCGCCUCCACCAUCGUUCAAGCAAAUGGUCCAGUUUAUAGGCAGCAUUCAGAAAGACGAGACAAUGUCUUUCUGGUCUAACCUCCUCCGUGGUGCUCAGCCUUGUGAGGUAGCAGCGUCCUUCUAUCCUUCGGACAAGACCAAGGACACCUUCCGCUACAUUCCCCUGCCAAGCAGGCUGACAAGUGCCUGGGGCAUGGUGCUCUCAUAUCUCAUUGGAACGAACGAGGUUUGUUUUGGCUAUCUGGCCUCGGGGAGAAACGCCCCAGUAGAUGACGUUGAGAAGAUAAUUGGUCCUUUGGCGAAUAUGCUAGUUAGUCGUGUUGAUCUGCGGGAUUCGGCAGCCAAGGUACUCGAGACAUCGUCGGACAACUCUAUCGAGCAUCUCAAGUACCAGCACGUCUCUCUUGCAGAGAUCCAGCACGCCAUCGGUCUUUCUGAGCGACGGCUGUUCAACACAGCAAUGUCUGUGCGGGAGGCAGACAGAUUUGAAACUGGCGAUAAAAGAAGCCUCUCGCUCAAGUACCAUGAUCAUCAAGAUCCACACGAGUAUGAUCUGCUCUUGACGAGCUUUCUGGACAAAGAAAAGACGCAUCUUUCAGUCCAGUUCAGACAAGCCUCCAUCAACCGCCAGCUCGCCGAAGAGGCCGCCGCUGUUCUCGGCAAGGCAAUUGAAUAUCUCACGAACCAGUUCGCACACAGCCCAGACCAAGACAAAACCGACUUGAAAUCUGCCGCAGACGACGACUGCACUACUGCGGCAAAGGUAUGGGCGGCAUGGUCGGUUGUGGCCGCGAGGAACGCCGGCUCCUCGGAGGCCCUGUUCGGAGCCGUGAAGGUCCCCAGCGGUCUGGCCACAAACUCGGCUCUCUCGACACUACCAAUCCGGGUCAUGGUAAACUGGGAAGAUAGCGGUGGCAAGUUGUUGCAGUCGGUUCGGCAUCAAAUGACGGCCAUGGCACCAUAUGAGCGAACUGGCUUACAGGUGAUCCGUCGAGCUAGCGAGGAGGCUGCCAGGGCAUGCAACUUCCAGGCCAUCGUCAUCAUUGAAGAUGGCACAGGCGAGGACUUCUCGGCCUCGGAAAUCGUGCACUUCGACGCAAAUGCCGUUGUAGUCAGGUGCCAAGUCAAGAACCAUGAAAUGCUGCUCACGGUUCGGGGCCAUCUGGAUUCCGUCAGCGAACCCUGCGUCAACCGCAUCACCAACCAGUUCGAGUACGCAUUUGGCUGGUUGUCUGAUGGCGCGGCGCGGAAGUCGACGUUGCAGGACGCAAUUCCCAUCACCCCGCAAGAGCUCGAUGACAUCUGGACCUGGAACUGCCCCUUGCCAGACCCUGUCGAGAAAUGCGUGCAUGACUUGAUAAAGAGCAAGGUGCUAGCUGAUCCUCAGGCGCCCGCUAUUUGCUCCUGGGAUGGCGACCUGACCUACGGACAGCUCGACAGUCUGGCCACGAAGCUAGCUUAUCAACUUGCCGACCAGAGUGUGAAACCCGGAAGCUUCGUGCCGCUGAUCUUUGAGAAGUCCAUGUGGAUGCCUGUGGCCAUGCUGGCAGUCAUGAAGGUCGGCGCAGCAUCAGUGGCCUUGGACACAACGCAGCCAGAGGGAAGACUCCGAACCGCUAUGACGCAGGUGGACAGCCAAGUGUUCCUGUCAUCUGCAGAGAACAAGCAUCUAGCACAUCGCCUCGGUGCAAAACAAGUCGUCGUCGUCGGUGCUGAGGAGCUUUCAAGGCUCAAACCCGUCUCGGAGCAGCAACAGGACUUGCCCGUGGCUUGUCCGUCCGACGCCCUUUACGCCGUCUUCACCUCUGGAAGCACCGGAACGCCCAAGGGAACCAUACUUACGCAUCGGAACAUCAGCACCAUGAUCACCUAUCAGCAGGAGGCGCUCGGGCUCACCAAGGCGUCUAGGGUAUUCGACUUUGCCUCGUAUGCGUUCGACGUGGCCUGGUGCAACUUUGCGCACGCGCUGACAUGCGGUGGAUGCCUGUGUAUUCCAUCAGAAGCGGACCGACGCAACGAUAUUGAAGGAUCCAUCUUGGCGUUGAGUGCCAACUAUGCUCACAUUACUCCGACAAUCCUACGCGGCGAGCCCGUGCUCGAGGGAGACGUGGCUCACGCACGUCAGGAUAUGCAGGUAGUCAACGCAUACGGCCCAGCAGAAACCAACGUUGUUACAGUCCACAAUCUCAGCUCAUCUCAAGGGGGCCAAGUCUCGAUCGGCCGUGGAGCCGGCGCGUGCACGUGGGUGGUAAACGCCCAAGACACGAGCAGGCUGGCGCCCAUUGGGACAAUCGGUGAGCUGUGGAUUGAGGGCCCAUUGGUGGGACGCGGCUAUCUCAACGAUGCCGAGAGAACGGCAGCCGCGUUUGUGGAGAACCCAGCCUGGCUGUUCCGGGGAGCCCCUGGGCAGGCCGGCCGGCAGGGAACCUUGUACCGUACUGGUGAUCUGGUUCGUUACAACGACUACGGGACGCUGGUUUACAUGGGAAGAAAGGACAGGCAGAUCAAGAUCAGAGGGCAGCGCGUUGAGUUGGGCGAGGUGGAGAAUCACGUCGGACGGGCACUCCGCACGACGACUUCCACGAACACGGGCGACACGGGCGGCGGCGGCGGCGGCCUUCAAGUCAUUGCAGAAGCCAUCCAGCCUAAACAGGCCGAUGCGGUGUUGCUGGUACUAUUCGUAUCCCUCCGCGGGGCCCAAGAAAUGGCAGAAGAAGACCACAGCAAGGCAGUUCAUCAAGCCACGGCUGGUUUGUCGGAGCGCCUGCGCGACGCGCUGCCCCAGUACAUGAUUCCGACAGCAUACGUUCCAAUUCGAGACGUGCCUCUCACGGCCACCGGCAAGGUGGACCGAAGGCAGCUCCAGGAUGCUUACGCCUCGAAGACAGUGCAAGAGCUUACGACUCUGAGUCGGCCGCCCAAUGGCCGCAGGCAGCCAACAACAGACAUGGAGCGGCUCAUGCAGAAGUUAUGGGCUGAGGUGCUCAAUGUUAGCCCUGACGACAUUAAUGUCAAUGAUAGCUUCUUCCAAAUUGGCGGAGAUUCCAUCGGAGCCAUGAGGCUUGUCAGCAUGGCGCGGGACCAAGAGCUGUCCGUCACGCAGACGCUCGUGAUUCUGCUUCUCGGCUAUGCAAUGUGCGGCAAAGGGGAAAACUUUAUGAGCAGACACGUCCUAGAGAUGCAUAGGGACAUCAACGCAGAGAAGUUCCGUUCCGCGUGGGAUCAAGUCGUUGCCAGGAACCCAAUUCUACGAACACGCAUCGUCGAGAUACCUCAACGUGGCUAUGUGCAGGUGGUCUUGGACAGAACGGACGGAUGGAUGCCUGAAACGAGCCUCGACAAGUGCCUCCAGUAUUCCGAAGCGAAUCUCAUGGGUCCAGGAACGCCAUUGGCAAGGUUUGCCGUUGUUGAAGCAAGCAAUGGCUCUCGCCGUGACUUUCUUUGGGAGAUGCACUGGGCUCUAUAUGAUGGCUGGUGCCUGCGACUCCUGUUAGCCGAGGUCGAGAAGAUCUAUCAUAGCCAGUCCGCUCCGCCUCUGGAGAACAUGUCGGCCUUUGUCAAGUACAUCAUGAGCAGCGACGAAAAGGAGGCCAUGACAUUUUGGAGGCGUCAGUUCGCUGAACUAGGCCGCGCACACUUUCCGCCACGUCAGCCGCCCAGGGUCCAACCCCGUAUUGAUAGCAUGGUAAAACGCAUGGCUCGAGGGAUAGGGUGGAGUCGCGGGGACUUUACGCCGGCAACAAUCAUCAGGGCAGCCCUUUCCCUCGUCAUUGCACGAAACCUAGAUUCUAACGAAGCCCUAUUUGGGGCAACCGUUAUGGGCCGCCAUGCUGCCGUGCCGGGCAUCGAGCGAAUGGCAGGGGUAGCAUUUGCGACUCUGCCCAUUCGAGUUUCGGUGGAUUGGGAAGGGAGCAUCAAGGAUCUGCUGGAAAGGGUCCAGGACCAGGUGACGGACAUGGUUCCAUUUGAACAGACGGGCCUGGAACAGAUUCGGCGCGCAAGCGACGAGGCGGCAUCGGCAUGCGACUUCCAGUCCCUACUCGUCGUCCAAUCGGCCAUCAAGAAGGGCGACCUCCGGUACAGAGACGCAGGCAGCAAGGUGUUUGUCGAGGGGCUCGUGGCGAAAAAGUUCACUGUUGUGGAGUUGGGUCAGCGCACCGGCGCCUACCCUCUAUACGUCGAGUGCCAGCUUGACGCGGCUGAGGAUGUGGAGCUGCGCCUCUGCUUCGACUCGGCAGUCUUGGGAGAGGUGCAGAUGGAGAGCAUUAUUCGCCAGCUGGAAACCGCUCUUCGACAGUUGUCCGACCCUAGACGCUGUGAGGAUAGGCUCGGGGACUUGGACGAGGUCGGCCAGCAAGAUGCCAACGGCACCAUUUAG